GGGCGGGUCUGUUUUGGGUGUUGUGAUUUCGUGGGAGUUGACGGUCCGAUUUGGCCACGGUUUUAUCUGUGUAUUGACACGGUGUAGCGAGCCACACCGCUGCCAUGCCUGGGAUAGAGAAGCUGCCAAUAGAAGAGACCCUGGAAGACAGUCCGCAGACUCGUUCUCUUCUGGGUGUUUUCGAGGAGGACACUGCUGCCAUCUCCAACUACUGCACUCAACUAUACCAGGCCAUGCACCGGAUCUAUGACGCACAGAAUGAGCUCAGUGCAGCCACUCACCUGACGUCCAGAUUGCUCAAAGAGUACGACAAACAGCGUUUUCCUCUAGGGGGCGAUGAUGAGGUGAUGAGCUCUACUCUGCAGCAGUUUGCUAAAGUCAUAGACGAGUUAAGUUCAUGUCAUGCAGUUUUAUCAACUCAACUCGCGGACGCCAUGAUGUUCCCUAUAACACAGUUCAAAGAGAGAGACCUCAAAGAAAUUCUUACUUUGAAGGAGGUUUUCCAGAUUUCUAGUGAUGACCAUGAUAUGGCCAUAAACCGAUACAGUCGUUUGUCCAAGAGGAGGGACAAUGAUAAGGCGCGUGCCGAGGCUGUGGAGGAUGUGUACACAGCUCGUAAAAAGCAGCACCAGACGAUGAUGCACUACUUCUGCUCCUUAAACACUCUGCAGUACAAGAAGAAGACGGCUCUGCUCGAACCUCUGCUGGGCUACAUGCAGGCUCAGAUCAGUUUCUUUAAGCUAGGCUCGGAAAACCUCACUCAGCAGUGGGAGGACUUCCUGGGAACAAUUGGAGCCAGUGUCCAAAAUGUGCGCAGAGAGAUGGAGGAGGAGGUGGGACAGAUGCAGCAGACCAUACAGCAGAUGGAGAGAUCAUGUGACCCACUGUACGCACCGUGUGACCCAGACCCCACCCACUCCCCUGUGAGCCGCAACCUCACCCGGAAGCAAGGAUACCUCUACAUACGCAAUAAAACAGGGCUGGUGUCAUCGUCAUGGGAACGACAGUACUUCUUCACUCAGGGAGGAAACCUGAUGCAACAGGGCCGCGGGGAGGUCGCAGGGGGGCUCGUCAUGGACCUGGACAACUGCUCUGUGAUGGCGGUGGAUUCGGACGACCGCCGCUUCUGCUUCCAGGUCACAGCAUUCGACGGGAAGAAAGCGGUGACAUUGCAAGCUGAGAGCAGAAAGGACUGUGAAGAGUGGAUCUCUACCAUCAACAACAUCUCUAGGAGGAUUUAUUUGAGCGAGAAUGCAGAGGAGCUAGCGGCACGAGUGAACCAAACUGCUCUGGAGGCUGUGACCCCAUCUCCAUCAUUUCAGCAGAGACACGAGAGCAUGAGGCCCAGUAAGGGCCGACCCGCUCGUGCCAGUAGCAUCAGCUCAGUGGGAUCAGAGCCAUCUCCAGCUCUCUCUGUGCUCUCAUUGGAUGCUCUGGUCGCCCCGGAUACGCCCAUCCAGUUCGACAUUAUUUCCCCGGUAACAGAGGAGAGUGGAGGAUCACAGCGGACCUCAGCUCAGAGUGGGACAGGGAGAAGGAGCAACCCAUUUGGAGAGUCCGGAGAUGGAGCCAGUGAAGACAGUGAAGACUCAAUCUUGCACCAGCUCUUCAUCGUGCGGUUCUUGGGCUCGAUGGAGGUGAGGACAGACUCUGCAGACGUGAUCUCUGAGACCAUGAGGCAGAUCCUCGCCGCUCGAGCCAUUCACAACAUCUUCAGAAUGACCGAGUCGCACCUGCUUGUCACCUGCGACUGCCUCAAACUCAUAGAUCCCCAAACUCAAGUAACUCGACUCAGGUUUCCAUUGUCGUCGGUGCUGCAGUGUCAGCCUCAUCAGGACAACAAGCGUCUGUUUGGCUUCGUGCUACAGACCCACAAAGACGCACGCUCCAUCUGCUACAUCUUUGAGUCCAACAACGACGGAGAAAAGAUUUGUGACAGCAUUGGGCUUGCCAAGCAGAUCGCCUUUCACUCAGAGAUGGAUCGAAAGGCAGUGGAGAAGAGGAAGGAGGAGGACAAGGCCAAAGAAAAACAGCAGGAGGAGUUGAGCAAACAACGGCAGAUUGAGAAGGACCUGGAGGAGCAGAGUCGUCUCAUUGCAGCCUCUAGCCGCCCCUCCACCACGCCCUCUUCCUCAGACGGACACUUCCUGGUUCUGGGCCAAUCAGAGAAUGGAGAGGGAGCUCAGGGGGAGGGGCCAAAGCAGGAGUCCGAUGCAUAAAUAAAUAAUAUGACUCCUCUCAUAUGGGCUGCCCUGGGAAAAUCAGACUAAAUCAAGCAAGCCCUCUGUCACUCUGUGGAGGUGACGGGAAAACAUGGCACAGAGUUUUAUCUAAAGACGCUGCUUUUUAUACUGUAUAACGCUCACAGACUUUUCGGUCAAGGUCAAAGGCCCAAUCUGGAGAACGGAGAGGUUUUGAUUGACAGCCAUUAAAUCCCGCCCCCAGUGCCUAAGUAAGGACAAACAGAAAGUGAGAAACAGUUCUGUGGAGAGACAAAGUGCAUGCCCUAUCCUCCUUCUAUCCAGAAUCUCAGAAAUAAUGAUAGUUUUUGGUUUUAUCAGUCUUUUUAAUUGACUGUAUUGGUCUAAAAUUAGACUAAACUGGGGUUGCUAUAUUUCUGGUGGAGUGUCUGCCACCUGCUUGCCUCCAUCUAGGUGCUUGGCCUAGAAUGUUCCACAGUAUGGCAUUAAACUUGAGUAUCUCAGUGGCAUCACCUCAAGCAGAUGAUGCCACUAGUGCCCGCUCACAGUAGGAAUGCUUUUUUUUUUCCAAAUUUAUUUGAAAAAAAAAACAACACCUAUAAUAUAGUAUAACUGAACACAUGCAAGAUAGAUAAUUUCAGUUUCAUAUUGUGGAACAUUCCAGACAAAGCAACUGCAUGGAGACAAGCAAAUCCCUAACUCUCCAUCAGAAAAGUUACAUAAUGCAGCUUUAACUGAAACAUACUAAAAAGCCACAAGUUAGCAUCAUAUCUCUUAACCAGAAUACUGGAUUUCAUGGGUUUCAGACUGAUGGAAUAUUAGACCAUUGCCAUACUAAUCAACAAUUCAAACAUUAUAUCUUUGAAUGAUCUAAAAUACUCAAAAUUGCGCAUAGAAACAGGGAACUAAAAACCAUGAAUAUUUAUGAGUUUUACUUCAGCUCUCCAUAGAAGCCUUUUCCUGUUAAACGUUUGUAUUGAAACUUUGCAGUGACAUCAUGCUGGGGGUGUUCUGCAUGUAUGUCUAUGUGGAAUGUUCAUUAGUUAUCAUGGUAACACAAUGGACAAAUUGGCAAACAUCUUGAUUUUUUUUAUAUUUUUGAAGCCUUAAGUUUUAAGAUUGUAUGAAAACUCAAGAAAAAACUAACACACACAUUUUCAGGAACCUGUGAUGAAUACAAGUGUUCAUGGUCCUGAUUAAAACAAUUAAAACAACUGACUAAUGUUAGCUAGCUUGUGACAAAUUUUAUUUCGACCUGGAGAUGCUCAGACAGACACAAAGAGAAAUGUAUUAAUAGACAUUAUUGAAUGAGUUAUCUUUGGCACUCAGACCCUGGCAGAAGACAUUUUGAUGAAGGGCAUGGCCAGUUACAGGACGUUUAGAAGAGGUCUCUCUCCCGGGGUCUAGGCACAGGAGGUGGUAGAGGUGAGGCCGAGGAGACUAAAGGGGACGAUGAGAUGAUGAGAAGUCAAGGGGUUGCUUCAUAAACUGAAACAGGCCAGACUGGGAGCUGAUUGGACAAAGAGGAAGUGGGUAGUGGAGAGGAGUAAUCGGAAUGAGGUGAGGAAGGCUGAGGAGCAGGUUAACUCUGGAGAAGCGGUACAUGGGAGCGCAGUUAGGUCUUCCAGGCUGAAUUCAUGCUAGCUUGUUUAACAGUACAAAGCAAGUCACCUUUUGUAAUUCCAACUAAUUUUUACAUACUCUGACCAUAAACAACUGACUUAAAGUCUAACUUGAGUAACAGAGCUUCAGACAAAGCAGUGCCUCUAGUGAGCCUCACUCUCCCCAGGGAAUGUUAAUGACAUCCACUGCAAAGUAUCAAUUGCCAUAUAUUUAACGUGCCAAUUUCAUUUCAGAUCAUUAUGUCAGAGGGACACAUUCUGUUCAAAUCCUGUUGUAUUGCUCUGUCAUGACCCCUCAUACAAUAUUUACAUUUAAACUAUAUUACACAGAAUUGACUCUUGUGAGCUUUAAGCCAUGUUAGAAUGUUGUUACCUCAUCAAAAAUGUACCUGAAGCUGUGUUUUGUUUCAUUCACACAUGUUUGAGGAUGCUAAUAUAAUAAAGGAUCACUCAAAGCUCAAAAUGCUCUGUUCCAGCUUGUGAUUUCAUGAAGCGGUAGUUUUCAACUUAACAGUGACCUUUUACCUUUUGUUUAGUAGAGAUUGGAAAUUCCAGGGCUGAAUGUCAUAAAGAUUGCAUUGUAAAUUUGUAAAAUCAAAAGAUGUUUAAACGGCCCAUAUUUUCUAAUCUGUUAUGUUGCUUCCUCAUCAAAAACAUACAUGUAUCGGAGUUGUAUUUUUAGAUUGGGUAACAUCAAGCAUUAUAACAUGGCUUAAAACUCACAAGAGUCAAUUUUGCUUAAUAUAGGACCUUCAAGUAUAUUUAAAAUGUUUAGUUUUUUCCCAUUACAGUGGGUGGAAUGUGUCUUUCUUAAAUUUGAAUUAUGUUUAACAAAUGGCUUCUUUCUGGACAUUUUCAUGUAAUUUUACAUUAUGGGCUAACAGUUAUUUUCCUUUUUAACUCAAAGUGCAUGUGACAGGUUUUCAUGUUUUUGGUAGUUACUUGUUUUAGUGGGAUACUUAGUAGUAAAUAUAUUUUUUUUAUGUCGAAUAAGAGACAGAUUGUGGAAAGAAAAUUGAAAAGUUAAAAAAUACAGGAAGUAGCUGUGAAUAAGAAUUAGAAGACUUUUAUUGCCAUCGUCUGUGAACACAGUUCACAAACUAGGAACUUGCUGCAGUAAUAAACUAACAUAAAAACAUCCUGAAUAAAUACAAAUACAAAAAAGGGCACGCACAAAGUGCAAAAAAGAUAUGCUUAAAAAUAAAAUACUUAGAGGUAGAAAAUAUAUACAACAGCAGCAUCAGAACAACAGUGCAAACAUUGCUUAUUAAAGUGACCAGUAUUACCCAAAAAGCAGAGACAAUUUAUUCACAAGGAAGGCAGGGUUCUUAGAGUAUAAACCUUCAUUUAACAAAACAAAUAAAAUUGUAAUUUAUUUGUAUUAGUCUAAUCAUAACUAUUGUAUAAUCUAGACAUGUUAACUUUUGGCCCUUGUUAACAUUACGAUAGAAGUUAUAGUUAAGAUACUUCUACGUAAGUCAAAUCGGCUGGCAGUGUCCAACCAGGAAGUAAAAUUAUAAACUUCUCUUCGUGUCACUGAAUUUAAAAAAUACAAUUUUAAACCAGGCUAGGCUAACAUUUUUAGUGAAAUGUUAAAUAUAAUGAUGAUUAAUUAUGUUUUAGUGAGUGGUCUAAGCUGUCACAUGCACUUUAAAUCUCAAAUUGUACAAAAUGGACACAUUACACUUCACAAAUAGAAUGAAUAACAAAAAGAGGUAAAUAAAAAUAAGUACCAUUUAAUUAAAUCUAAAUUAAUAAAGUAAAGAUGGACAGUAAAACUUUUCUGGUGGAGGGUCUGUCACCAGCUUGUUUUCAUGGAGAUGUUAUUGAAGACAAGAAGAUGGCACCUCAAGACCAAAAGUUCCAGGUCAGAUCUGUGGAAAGAUGAGUCCACUCACUGUCAUAAUACCUAUAUGUUUUUCCAAGGUAGUUUUGAGCAAUGAAAACAUCUGUAGUGAAGUAAAUGUUGAAUAAGUUUAACACUAUACUGUGAACCAUUCAUGGCAAAGCAAGAACAUCUCCAUGGAAACAAGAAGAUGCGGACCCACCAUCAAACAAGUUACGCAGUGCACUUUUAAUUGAAAUAAAUAACAUGAUUGAUUGAUUUAAUUCCAUAAUCAAUUAAAAUAGAAUAUAUGUAAUCAGUUGGAUUUGUUCCAUAUUGACUUUUAGUAUAAAUCAGCAUCCAUUGGAUUCAAAUGCAAUCCAUUUCUUUCUUUGGACUAAGUAGAACCUCUGCUAAAUGAAUGAACUGUUACUGAGAUGCAUUUAGGGGCUGUUUUGGUGAAGGAUUUUUGUGUUUUGCGCACUUUAGAGAAAAAAGGCCAUGAUUAAACAGCUGUAAAUAUAAUUGUAUUGGUAUUAAUGCUGACAGAUGGGACAGUGAAUAAAUGACUAACUCC